AUGCUUUUUGCACUAAGUCUUAUUGUCACAACGGUUCUUGGGUAUUGUAUUAACGAUAACACGAUUACUAUUUCCACAUUAAACUCAUGUGAUGAAAUCAAAGUUGAUUCUAACAACAACCCUUUAAUUGAAAGGAGUGGAAGCAAUGUCUUAGGGGGUGUUACGUUCAACCGACUGUUGAUUCGAAGUAAAAGUGUUCCAACUACUAUCACAAUUAAAGACUCUUCAACAAGUGUUCCAUUUAUUUUGUGGUACGAUUCGGGUAAUUGUUUGGUAGAUACAAUCCACUUUUAUAUGACUGGUAUCAACAAUCAAUGGGGUCUCUAUAAUAACAUGGACUCCGCAAAAGAUCAGAGCUAUUACUUCUAUCCAAGUGAAGACAACUCUGACUCCAAGCCCUAUGUAUUUCGACCAAGGGUAAACGCUUAUUUUGAAAAUAAAAACGACAAUUAUUAUAUAACACUGGGAUUUGAUUUCUCUGAUCACACAGUGGCGAGAAUAAAAGGAAAGUUUAAAGUGUAUAUCUUCAGUAGUACUAUAACAUCAUAUCGAGGGUAUGUCAUGACAACAACGGAUUCCAAUGUUUUGGCACGUCCAAACUAUAUCAAUCAAGUGAUGUGUGUGAUGAAAAACGGAAACAUCAGGUUUGGUUUUAAUGACACAGAACCUAUAAUAGAGGACUGCACGUGUAAUAAGUUAAGUAACGGCACUUGGGACAAAAAUGAUUGUGAGCAGUAUAUUGAGUAUUUACAAUUUGUAGCAGGGUGUCAUUACACAACAACAAAAAUGGGAGAGAAGUAUGGCGGUCUUAAAUUGUCUGGGUGUGGUGUUGACGAAGUACCAAGUGUAACAGUUGACACUGCAACAUCACUCACUUUAAAUGACUUCAAAAUAGAUGCAAAUGGGGCAAUUUUUAAUGUUAAAGCAACACUAACAAUGAACAUUGUUAUACCUGAAAAUACACCACAAAUUAUGAUUAACGUUGACAGUGGAGCUUCUGUGACAAUCAAUGAUGUGACUUUACCAGAAGGAGUUAACAUGACAAAUAAAAUACUUUUUGUUGCGAGUGAUACAACUGUGAGCGGGACAAACGUGAAGGCGUUUUGUGGCGGUACUUAUAAACGGUUUGCCACAAUUGAUUCGAGUGAAGACGUGAUAUGUCAAUGCAACUUUGAUUCCACAAAAACAGGAGAUGAGUAUGUAGAGUCUGAUUGCGUCACGGAUUCUGCAUAUCGAGUGUUAAACUUGCCACUUUCAAGAACUAUUAUUGCAUCAAGAACAUGGAUGAAAAUUCAAUCCAAUGAAGAAACGACAAUGACCAUGAGUGAAGGAGUGACUUUGACUGCUACCAACGUUUUCUUUUCGAAGAAUGUAAAUAUUGAUGUGCCUCUUUCAGUCUCAAAUUCUUUAACUUUGGGCUCAACAAGUGGGGUUUCCAUCUUUGGGGAUUUGACUGUAACAAAUACAGUGACAACAGGAAUUCAAAGUGGAAUUGUUUUAAUUGCCAAAUCGGCGAGUUUGAGUGGGUUAACAAAAACUUGUGUAAAUGGAGUUGAUGGUAAAAGCCGAUUUUAUAUUGGACUACCCGUAGACCCAUUGUGUGAAUGUAAAUCACUUGGAAGCACUGAUCUAUUGGGAUAUGACCAAAGCGAUUGUGAAAAGUCGUUUGCUUCGACUUCUUAUGAUUUGAUUGUCCCAUCAGUUUUUGCAACAACAAAAAGUGCCCAAUGGAAAACGAUCUCUUCAAGUGAAGAUUAUACCAUUACCGUUGGUGAUGGAUUAACACUGACUGUAUUAUCAUUUGCACCUACACACUCGACUUCUAUUAUUGGAAAUCUCAUCGUUCAAAAUGAACUGACAUUGAAUGGUGAUGUCAAUUGUUUGUUUAGUCAUAUUCAAUACACAAAUUUAGUGACUACAGCAAACAUUAAUACUUUACUCUUUGUUGGAAACGCAAUCAACCCAACAGGAGUCACCAUAUCAUGUGCUGCUCUUACUGGUGUUACGCAUAAAAGAUAUUACACAGAAGGGUCAACUGAAAAUUGUAAUUGUAUUCCCUCUACAACAACAAUCACAUCAAAUACCAUUUAUGACGUGUUUGAUUGCCAAAAUUAUGCAUCUGAGAGAAUACUAAGUACUUCAUCGAAUUCGUUGACUGUUACUUCAAAUUUGAAUUUUUAUGGAUUUGAAAAUAGUAACCCAAUCACAAUUACAUCGAGUGGAAAUGCAAUCGAAUUUAGUUCUACAAACGUUAAAAAUACGAUUACAGUGAAUGGAACGGGUUCUUUGAAAAUUGGUACUAUAAAUGGCGUUAAUGGGCAGGCUCUUAUUUCAACAGUUCCAACAACUGUAACAACAAAUAGUGCAGAAAGUGGUUUUGUAAUUGUUUCACCACCUUCUUCACAAAUUGGGAACUUGGUAAGUCAAUGUUCAAUUACUGAUUCCAUAGGAAGAUAUUCAACAAACACGAUUGGGUGUGACUGUACACCAAAUGGCAAUUUAGAGACAUAUGUUGAAGGUGACUGUAGUGUCUAUAGCGAAUACCUCAAUCUCAAAAUAACAGGAAGUUCAGAAUUUAAAGAUAGUAGAACGUGGAAUACAUUAAAGAAUGAGGGAACGCCCUUUGAUAUAACUAUCAUUUCUGGGAAGACACUUACAGUAAAAACACUGACCUUAGACCUCGACACAACAAUGAGUGGAAGUUUGAAUAUACAGAAAUUAACUUUAAGUAACAACGCUUAUGUUAAAUUCAACUUAGUACCAACGAUAGGCCAACUUGUUGUGAGUGCAGAUUUCACAAACACAAUUGCUUUUAUCGCGCCAACUGGAAUAUCAAACACGUUGGGACUGUUUCAAGUUUGUACAUUAGGAGCGAUGUAUAGAUACUCCAAAACAAAUACAGAAAAUUGUUACUGUGAUCCAAACAUUGUGUCGGAAAGUAUCAUUGGUUAUGUUCAAAAGGAUUGUGUUGAAUACAGUCAAUACCUUACACUUCAAGUACCACAAUCUGUGACCCUUACUGAUAAAAAUUGGAAGACAUUAAAUUUGCCAACAAAUGCAAUAACAUUGACAGCAAGUGGGAGCGUCAUUGUGGACAAAAUGUCAAUUCCAAUUGAGAGUUUAUUUAAAACAAGUGGAGAUGGUAAAUUGGUGAUCAAUGAAGUCACUCUGAAGUUGACUCUGACAAACUACAUCGACUUGUCUGCUUUGCAAAUCACUUCAGUUGUAUUUGAAGAUAUCAAUUAUUUAUUCACAACAAGACAAACAAAUGUGAUUACUAACACUAUACAUUCAUGCACAUUAAGUGAUGGAUAUUUCAGAGUCACUUCAACGACCUCAAAUAUUGGGUGUAAUUGUGUAUUCAAAAGUGGAUCUUUUGAACAGACGGACUGUGAAUUGUUUAACUCAAAAAGUCCAGCUGUAUACAAUUUGAUAUCUUCCGACUAUAAAAGCACAACCGCUGCGUAUUACAAAACCGUUUCUGUUGAGUCCGGAAGUGUACUUUCAACAACUGGAAGUUCACAAAUUAACUUUGAUAGCUGUGAUUUCACUGCAAUGACACAAGUGACUUUAAAUACGCCAACAAUUUGUACAACAAUGAGUGUGGCUAAAACAACUAAAAUUCUCUUCUUUGAUAUUUUGAAGAUAACGACACUCAUUCUCCCAAAUGAAGAACACACAAACAAAGGAUCUGUUAUUACAACAACAACUGCCGCGAACAAACUUGCGAUUGGAAGUGUAACAGGGACUCAAUGUGUUGAUUUUGCAUCGACAUCGAAAGGAAAUGAAUUUUCAACUUCACAAAUUCAAACUAAUAUGACACUUCUUUCAAAUAACAGAUUGAUAAGGUACUGUCCAACAACUUCUCAAUACAACACUGUGAAGUGUAAAAUGAAUGGGAACAUUUAUACCUCCUCUGUUUUUGAUCAAAUAUAUUGCCCCUGUGAAACAUCAAACUGUGAAAUAUACCCAACAACAACUUUUAUUACAUUGGAUGUUGGAAUGUUGAACAAGGUUAUUAUCGAGAAAACUUCUCCAACAAGAAAUAUCAAUGGGUUUAGUACACUUGGUACAGUACAAAUUGAAGGGACUGAUGGUAUUUACACAUUCAAUGGAUUGGCUGCAAGUAAAAUAACUUUAUUGGAAAUAUCUGGAGGUCAAAACACAGUCACUGUUGGUUCUUAUGAUACCACAGUUAUAGCGACAACGAUGAAUACUUUACAAAGUGAAACAAAUAAAAUCAAGGUCUAUGGAAGUGUUGGAACAUUGACUGUUCCUAAGAAAAACACGAUCUCAAUAUUUGGAAGUUCGACUAUUCAAACUGCUACUCUGGGGAGUAUCAUUGGGACAACUCUUCAAAUAAACAAUUUUGAAUACAAACGAAAUGCGGAUGAUGUUUAUUUAUUGUCUGGUAUAACAUGGAUGAGUGAAAUUGAAAACAAUGAAGGUGUGUCGAUUGAGAUGAGUAGCAUUGUCGAGAUCUCAAAAGUGAAAGUGGCUGUUUCCACCUUUGUGAUGACGUUUUCUGUUUCAAAUUCUGUUAUUGGAACCAUUGAAGGAGUCGCUGAUUACAAAAUUGUAUCAACUGGAGAUAACAUUAAAGUUGGUCUUGGAAAUACAAGUGGCUCUUUUGAAAUAACAAAAAACAUCGAAUUUACAUCGCCAAUCGUAAAUUUAAAAAGUUUGAAAAUGUUGAGCUCAACUGGCUUUGCAAACAUUUCGACAACAACAACACAACUCCAAGUCACACGCUUGGAAUCUAAGAACACACAAGGCGUGUUUGGAAUUGAUCCUUCAACAACUGCUCUUAACGUUGUUUUGAACUCCGGAUAUGACGCACUUAUCACAGCACCACUUAUAUUACUGUAUGCAAGAAGUAGAAAGAUCACAGGCGCGUCACUUCGAUGUGACAACUUUGUUGUUCUUAGUGGUGUUUAUACUGAUGAGAAAAGAACAUGCAAAUCACUUGGACUUUAUGAAAGAAGAUGUGACUAUGUGAAUGACAUUUAUGUAUUUGAAGGGAGUACGGAUUAUAGUUGCCCUUGCACUUCAAUUCGUUCGAAGUGCACAAUAUCUCUUACUACAACUUUGUCGUCAUUUUCUUUUACAUCAGACUUCAAACCAUCUAUUUUACAGUUAGUAAGUGAUGUUACUUUGGAUUCUCUGAGUGGUGUUGAGUUGCAAAUAAACACUCCAUUUGCUUCUUUGGAUGUUACUGGUAAAAAUUCGGUUAUUUCAUUGUCAUCAGAUACAUUGGCAAGCGUGAGUGUACACAUGGAAACCACAGAGAGUUUUGUGGUCUUUUCAAAGACCCGAGGUUUGGGAAACACAUUGAAGACAGGCGUUGGACAGUAUUCGUUUAGUGUUGGUAAAAAUGUGGACGUGUGCCAAAUGUACGUUACUUUAAGGGAUGUUACAACAUGCAAGAACUGUCUACCGAACACAGGGACCGUAUUGAAAGAUGGCGUGUGCUCCGACUCGAACAUUGAAAAUUGCCAAAUAGCCGAAGCCACAGAGAAUAGUGUCAUUUGCACGCUUUGUGAUAGUGGGUAUUACACCACAAAUCAAUCAACAAAGUGUGAAAAGUGUAAUGUAGAAAAUUGUGAAGAGUGUAUGAGUGGAGAUGGGAAGUGUCUCAAGUGCAAAGAGGGGAGUUAUUUAUCAGGAGACGUAUGUAUAACAGUGACCCCCGAUACAACGAAUUGUUUGUAUUUUGCAAACACCUGUAGGAAAUGUGAAGGAUUCUUGUACCCAUCUACUGGGUCAAACAUGUGUUCUAUGUGUGACACACAAUGUAAGACAUGUGAAGGGACUUCGGACACUUGUGUAGUGUGUAAUUGGGAAGAAGGGUAUUCAUCUUCGAACGACCAGUGUAUCAAAAACAGCAACGCCUCUGGUGUCAUUGGAAAUACAAUUGUUUCGUGUUCUGUGGGAUAUUUCUUUAAGAACGAAAUGUGCGUAUCAUGUACAGAAACAUAUGGAGAAUGUCGGGUGUGCGACUCUUUUAAAUGUCUUGAGUGUAAAUCGGGCAAAAUAUUUAAUCAAGAUGGAAAGUGUGUUGAAGACACCAAUUGUGAUUUGAUUCAAAAUAGUCGGUGCACAUCAUGUGUCAAUGGAACGUACAUCAAAGAAGGGACAUGUUCAGUUUGUGGAACUUCAUGUAACAAAUGUUACAAUAAAGACACAUGUUUGGCUUGUAACAAUGAUUCACAUUUGACAGAUUCGAACACUUGUUCAAACGAAAUUAAUAACGAGUGUUUAAAAGAUACAAUUAUUGGAUGUUUGAGAUGUGUGGAUGGGACCUACUUGCAAAACAACAAGUGUGAACCAUGUGACUCAACUUGUUUAACUUGUUCAACUACUUCGACACAUUGCAAUUCCUGCAAGUCCAACAGUCAUUUAGUUAAUGGGAAGUGUAUUGAAAAUGAUGAAUUUCUACAGAAGUGUGACUUCUAUAUAGAUCAAUUAGAUGGUUGUUUGAGGUGUAAAAUAGGGUAUUACAAGGAGAACCGAGAAUGUUUAAAGUGUCACGAUAACUGUACCUCGUGUACAGGGUAUGACGUAUGUCAGGAGUGUAUUUCUGGCUAUUACUAUUCCCUUUCGACUUCUUUGUGUCUUUCUCAAGACGAGUUGGUGUACUGUGAAACUAAGAGUUCCAGUGGGUGUUUGAAAUGUGCGAAUGGUGUAUACACUUUAAAUAAAGAGUGUUACAAAUGCUCUGAUAAUUGCAAGCACUGCAUUUCUGUCGAUACGUGUGGCAUGUGUGAAGAGGGAUAUGUCUUAGUUGAAGGGCAGUGUCAACCGAUGUCCAAUGUAGUUGGUUGUAUUUCCACAUCGAAUGGCUUGUGUUCGGAGUGUAAGUUUAAUUAUAAAUUAAAGGACAAUGGGAGUGGAUGCAAUUUCCGCAUUAAUGCUGUUGUUAUAGUGAUACCGAUAUUAGUAUUUCUUAUCAUCCUCAUUAUAGUCUUUGUAAUUAUAGUGAUUAUAGUCUUCAAGGUCACUCGUUAUAAAGCAGACAAAAAGAGGCAACAAUCAGUGACUUCAUUUAAAAUGGACAAUUCGUCGAUAAUAUUCACUUCUCUCGACAAAAAUCUGAUGGUCAACAAGCAAGUCGUCGACUUUGUAGUUGAAGGGAAAGAAGCUGUAGAGGUAUGUAAAGAGACAAAGGAUUUAGUAUGUGUAGGCAACUCAGGGACAAAAGUGGUGAAGGCUCAAUUUUCUUUAAGUUCUGAUUCGACUGAUCGCUAUGAACUUAAGUGUGAACCAGAGCUAGCUUUCAUUCGACCGGGAGAAGCCGUAGAAUUUACCAUGACAGUGAAUCCUUAUUGUUCGUGUAAAGUUGAUGACACAGUCAAGUUAGUGUAUUGUCAAAUGGGCAAAACAAAAGACUUCCACUUUGAUAUUAAAAUAGCCUUUGAGACUGAAAUUACAACACAUUUGGACUAUGGAGAAAUCGAGCUUGAAAAACAAGUUGGUGAAGGAGCGUUUGGUAUUGUGUUCAAAGGAGUUUUCAGAGGAAAUUCCGUUGCGGUGAAACAGAUGAAAAACUUUUCUUGUGACGAUGAUUCGCUUGAUGAGUUCAUGAAGGAAGUCUCCAUGUUGGACAAAUUCAGAGAAAACCACAUAGUCCACUUCUAUGGUGCUGUGUUGAUACCUAAUAAGUAUUGUAUGGUCACCGAAUUUGCUGAGUUUGGAAGUCUUCAAGACUGCAUUCAUAAGAUCAAAGAAGAUAAAAUGCCAAAUGAAAAGUUGCGAGUGAAGUUCAUAUUGGAUGCAGCGUAUGGUCUCGAGUAUUUACACUCAAAUGGAAUCAUUCACAGAGACAUCAAGCCAGACAAUAUUUUAGUGACUUCAAUGAACGAUGGGGUGGAUGUCAACGCAAAGCUGACGGACUUCGGAUCAAGCAGAAACAUCAACUUACUGAUGACAAAUAUCACCUUCACCAAAGGAGUUGGAACUCCUAUGUAUAUGGCUCCAGAAGUUAUGGACCAACAAAAAUACAAGAUGCCGUGCGACGUAUUCUCAUUAGCAGUCAGUUUUUAUGAGGGAUACACGUGGAUAACCCCAUACCCAGUCUCCGAUUUCAAAUUCCCAUGGCACAUCGCCAACUUUGUAAUUGAGGGGAAACGACUCCCUAAGCCAAGCAGUAUGCCCGACUGGGUUUACAGUAUUAUUUCGCAGUCUUGGGAACAAGAGCCAGUCGACAGACUUACUAUUGACAAUUUUGUCAACAAAACAAAGGAAGGAUAUAGUAAAUUUUAA